AAGAGUUAACAUUUUUCGGCGUCUGCCCGGAAAUGGACUACAGGCUAGCAGCGCUGAAGCUGCUGUGCGCUCAGCUGAAAGACGCCAAGGAAGUGGCGUCCCAGAACGCCAUGUCUCUCGGCAACAUACUCUUCCAACGCGCCUGGUUACAGACCCAAAAAUCAACAACAUCCGUGUCUCAGGGCGUUCUGGUCUCGGCCUCAGACGAAAAUGACCACGUAGGGGCCCCGUUACUUCUCGACGACGGCACCGGCGUCGUCCAGCUCGCACUCUCCUCCGCAGACUUCCGUCUCCGCCCUUGGAAGACCGGGAUGUAUGUAAUGGUUGUUGGAGGAUAUAUGGCGCGUGCAGCUGAGCCCCCAACUAUCAAGGUGCACAAGAUUGUUGAUCUUUCACAGUUCCCGGAUCGAGAGGCAAUGUGGUAUCUUGAAGUUAUGGAGGCAUAUAAACUCUUCUAUAGGCCCUUAAUUGAAGAACUUGAAUGAUUAUGAUCAGAUCAUCUCACAGAGAUACAGCAAGCUUAGUAACCGCUAUGUCAACUUCAAACACAAGAUGGUUACUGGAAUGACCUGACAGCACUUCCCCCAUAUUUUUCCCUCUUCCCCAAAUGAUUACUUGAUAUAACUAAUUUACAAAUUUCAAACAUGCAAUCACAUUGAUUUUUUGUUCUUAUUCACCAGUUCUUUGUAAACUAUCAGUGUCAUAGAUAGUUGAAAUCGAGUUUUGAAGUUCUCAUGAGAUAUUUACCCUUUGUUUAGAUGUACCCUUAGUGCAGUUUUCCAAAUGUUAGGCAGUCAAUGAUAUUACUCA